AGAAAUUGCAUGUUGUAAAUGCAGUGUCAGCGACUCUACGUGGCGAUAUUGGAAGACGGUGGAAGGCGGAAUGUGGAGAGCGCGAGGAGGAGCUGAUUUUAUUCGGCCAACGACACGUCCACGGAAUCCACGUGUAGCCUGUCACUGAUGCAAACAUACGGGACUGUGCUGCUCUCAUCGGCCGGGGUGGGUUUCAUCAUGGAGCGACCGCUAACCGCAGCUGCGAGAGGUGUGCCAAAGCGAUCCAGCGGAGCAGUUAAUAUGAUCAUAACACGGAUUCUGUUCUUGCUCAGCCUCCCUUUACUGAGUCUGUGUGCUCCACAAGUUCAGCAGACGCUCAGUGAUGACAUCAUUGUACCAGACCUUGCAAAUCCUUUUGGGUCCGGCGAAGACAACCGCAGGCUCUUGCAAAGCUACAUCAAGAGCAGCCUGAAGGAAGGACAGACCAGUCCAGAGCUGAACACAAGGGAGCAAGAGAUAUUCUUCAUUUUCUCCCAGUAUGACUAUGACAGAAGUGGGCAGAUGGAUGGCCUUGAACUGAUGCAACUACUGACAGAUUUCCUGACUUAUCAUGAAAUGAUGCCAAAGUCAGCAGAUUCUGUUGUAUCUUUGGUGGAUUAUCUGCUACAAACUCAUGAUCUGAACCAGGAUGGACUGCUAGUUCCUUCAGAGCUGUUAUCAUCCACCAUAGCCCAUAGGCAAGAAAACAACAUUGCUCCCCCUGAUCCACCUGCUGAGGAGGCCUUAAAACACGAACAAACACAUACAGAUCCAAAGGAUGAAGUUUCUGAAACUCACCAACAAGAUGCAGAGGUCAACCAAGUGUCUCAUGAAAAUGAGACACAAGACUCAGCUAAAGAAGAAAACGUGGAAGCUGAGAAUCACGACCAGAUACCUGAAAAGCUUGAAGAACAGCAGGACCGACUGCAGCCUCCAGAAGAGCAGGAGUUGCAAGAUGAUCAUCAGGAACAGAAGAACAUACCAGUACAUCAAGGGCAACCAGAGAUAUAAUGCCAAUUUAAGCAUGAAGUGCAAGUUUUGAAACCACUUAUCCUGCUGCAUAUACUGUACUGUAUGACUGACACAUAAUUUAAAUCUGGAUAUACUAAAAGUUAUGAAAGUACAAGAGCAUGUGUUAAUGAUGUUUGCAUUGUGGUACACAUCAAGUUAUUGUGACUCCUCUGAACGGAGUAAUGGAACCAAAACAGUGCUCCUGUAGCUCAAGUGGUAGAGCAUUGCGUUAACAAGCGCAAGGUUGGGAGUUCGAUUCCCUGGGAACACAUGAUAGGUAAAAAUUGAUAGCCUGAAUGCACUGUAAGUCGCUUUGGAUAAAAGCGUCUGCUAAAUGCAUAAAUUUAAUUUAAAACACAAUCAUCUGAAUAAGUAACGCUCUGUUCAAACUAUGCAAAUCCAGAAAGUACAACUUGGAUUUACUGAGUGUUUAAUGCAGGAAUGUAGUCACAGCCAAUUUAGCAAUCAUUGUUAGGGUUUUGUACCCAACUCAUGGCAUAUUUCUGUACCCAGCUCCUCUUUUUUUGGGGGAGGUUAAACACCAUUGAAAUAAACAUGCUCAAUUAGAGAGAGUAUAUUUUGAGCUUCAA